AGCGACAUUAUUAUUGUUAAGCAUGAGCGGAAUUUUAAAUAACCAAGAAACUGUUGAUUGUCCAGCGUGUUGUAGAAAAAUUAAAACAAGUGUGAUUAAUUGGCAUCUAGAUAACUGUUUAGAACCUCAAUCAGAAAAAGAAAUAGAAAAUCCUGCUAAAAGACAAUGUACUGAAUAUUCUCCAGAGACAAAUAAUUUGAGGUUUUCAGGGCCAAAUCGGCUGAGAUUAGAACCUGAGGCUGAGACUCGUGAGAGUGAGACUGAAAUUGAAAAUGAAAAAGUCAGACCACAAGCAACAACCUCUAAACUUUGGUUAAAUCACGCAAACCAAGAUUCAAAAUCCAUCGAAUCAGCAAAAAAGAGCAUAUUAAAAUUUCCUCCUUUAGCAGAUGUUUUGAGACCAUCUUAUUUUGAAGAAUAUGAAGGUCAAGAAAACAUUUUAAGUGAAGGAAGUAUGCUGAGGACUCUCAUUGAAGUGAAUAACAUACCUUCUAUGAUAUUAUGGGGACCUCCAGGUUGUGGAAAGGAUUCUUUACUUCCUCAUGUGGAAAAUGGAACGAUCAUCCUUAUAGGAGCAACAACUGAAAACCCUUCAUUUGUUCUGAACUCGACUCUGUUAUCUAGAUGUAGAGUUGUUGUCUUUCAGAAACUUUCUGAAGGUAAUAUAAUGCAUAUUUUAGCUAGAGCAUUGAAACAUCUUAACAUAGAAGUUUUGGACAAAGAGAAAGAAAAUGCCACCAACUUUAGUAGCUCUUCAGGAUCUACAAUGUGUAUAGAAAAUAAAGCUCUGGAAAUGUUGGCAGCUGUAUGUGAUGGUGAUGCACGUACAGCAUUAAACAGCCUUCAAAUGACUGUAGAAUCUGCUUCUUCCAAUUGUGUUGAAACAAAUAAUUAUGAUUGUCCCCAUGUGAUUAAAGUUGAGCAUAUAAAAGAAGGCUUACAAAGAUCACAUUUACUUUAUGAUCGUAAAGGUGAUCAGCAUUAUGACACAAUAUCAGCAUACAUUAAGUCAAUGCGAGGUUCUGAUGAAAAUGCCUCUCUCUAUUGGCUAGCUCGAUUGCUAGAAGGAGGGGAAGAUCCUCGAUUUAUUGCUCGAAGGUUGAUUAUUUUUGCUAGUGAAGAUGUAGGUAUAGCUGAUUCAAAUGCUCUCAACUUAGCAGUUUCAAUCUUUCAUAGUUGUCAAUUUGUUGGGAUGCCUGAAAGUAGGAUCAUGUUAGCCCACUGUACAGCUUACAUGUCUAGAGCAGCAAAAUCCAGGGAGGUGUACAGUGCUUACUGCAAAGCUGAGGAAUGUGUCCGUGAACAUCAAGGACCUUUGCCUCCUGUACCCAUUUAUUUGAGAAACGCUCCCACGAAGUUGAUGAAAGAGAUGGGAUACGGUAAACGAUGUGGCGAUACACUUCCUUUUUUACCAGAGGGGUUAGAAGGAGUGAAUUUCUUUCAAUAAAAAAACUUAACUUACAUUUGUAUAAAAGAAAGGUUUUGUUCUGUGUAUCUUCUCUAUUAUUAUUCUUUUUUAAUGUAUAUAUGUCACAAAACAGUAGUCCAAUUUAUAUUGAGAACAAUAAAUGUUAUGAAAUUU